GUAUGAGAUUUCUUAUUCAAUGGCCUCACAGGAUUGUUGUGCCUAUAGGUGGUAUAGCUGUAGAUACAAGUGAACUAGAGCUUAGACCACAGGGAAAGCUUACGGUGACAGUAGUGAAGGCAAAUGAUCUUAAGAACACGGAAAUGAUUGGAAAAUCUAAUCCUUAUGUUGUUGUGUACAUUCGACCAUUGUUCAAGGUUAAAACAAAGGUCAUUGACAAUGACCUGAACCCCAUUUGGAAUCAAACAUUUGAGCUGAUUGCAGAAGACAAGGAGACACAGUCUCUUAUUCUUGAGGUUUUCGAUGAAGAUGUUGGGCAAGACAAACGAUUGGGCAUAGCAAAAUUAAAGCUGAUUGAGCUGGAAGCUAAAACUCCAAAAGAGGUUGAAGUGAGACUCCUUCCAUCACUUGAUAUGCUUAAAAUAAAAGAUAAGAAGGAUAGAGGAACUCUUACUGUUAAGGAGCAAUUGGCCGCCUUAGAAGCUGAAAAGAUGAUCCUAGAAGAGAGAAAGAACCUGAAAGCAGCAGGAGUUACAGGAAUUGGAUGAUUCAGGUAUAUAAUCAUCAUUUUGGUGAAGAUGAUUGAUGACUUGAUGAAGCUGAAGAGAGUUGUGGAUGAAGUUAUUUUCAGAGAAUUUGGAGAGCACAGUGAAUAUUAUUAUUUUUAUGA